AUGGAAGGGAUAACAUUAUGGUGUGUCGCUCAUCCGGUGCGCAGAAAUCAGAGUAGUGGGGGAACGGACCACUUACGUCAUCAUCGGCUAUUUUCGAAGCAAUUCGGGAAGAAAUAUGUUCAAAACAUUUUGAACCAUCAUCCUUUACAAAGUCCUUACAGCAGAAACUGUUGCAGUACUCACCUAAAAGUUACCGAAAAGUACAAAGUGAUGCAAUUCCUACAUUGCAUUUAUUUCCUGAGUUACAAGACACAUCCAGUACUUCAUUUUACGAAAGAUUCAUCGUCAUAUAUCGAAAAUACUACUGACACAUCCGCUGCUGCAGUUGCUACAUCUAGUACUUUAUUUGAUUCUACGUACGAAAAUAAAUAA